CGCAAGUCAAAUUCAAAAUCGGCGCCCACGAUGCGAAACCUGGUGGUGCUUGCCGAGCGUAGCCAUGUGCUGCCUGCUCCGUCGUCGUCGUCGGCCUCUCAAUGGGUGGACAUGAGCUUUGACCCUGCGGAAGAGCGCAUGUGGUGUCUGUCCUCUGCAGGCUAUCUCGUGGGUGUCGUGGACGGCGACGUCGUGGUUGAGGUCGACUUGCCGUCGCAACCCGACUGGACGUGGUGCGCGUACCACGCCGAGCUCGACAUCGUCGUGUGUGCGUCUCAAAGUGGCGCACUUGUGAGUGUACACUGCCCAGACCAGCAUGUAGAUGUGAUCGGUCACUUCGACUUUGGCAUCCGCGGCAUGCGGUGGAGUCCCAAGGACGAACAGGUGGCGUUGGUCACGGGCGACGGCCAGUUCCUCACGCUCAGCACGACAUGGAACGUCAUGCAUGAAUCUCCAUGCUCGUCUUGCGCGAUUGACGGCCUCGUGCAAUUGUCUUGGCGCGCGGACGGCAAGUUCGUGUCCAUCCAAGGUCCGUUUUCUUUGCAUGCAACCCUAUCGCUCCAGGUGUGGGCUGUGGACAACGCCGUGUGGACGUUGCAUGCCCAAGGUCGCCACGAAGACAAGUCCGAGCUGGCCCUUCAAGGCCAAGGGCUACACUGGAGUCCGAACCAUGCGCUGAUUGCAUCGAGCGAAGUGUUCAAGAACCAGCUCCACGUUGCGUUCUUCGAGACCAACGGCUUGCGCCAUGGCGAGAUGGCCUUGACCGUGGAUGCAUCGGCCAGUGUGACCCAUAUAUCGUGGAACCUGGCGUCUGAUGUAUUGGCAGUCGUGACCAGCACAUCGUCUUCAGGAUCGUCGCCGUCGUCGACGUUGCAGUUGUGGACGCGACGCAAUUACCAUUGGUACCUCAAGCACACCCGCGAGUAUGAAUCCCCUGUAUCGGCGUUGCAGUGGGAUUUGGAACAGCCAUAUGUGGUGCGCGUGUUGUGCUCGACGGGGGACUGCCACGUGUUGAGUGUCAUGUGGAAAGUCGCGUCGAAUGCACAUGGCCACGUGGCCGUGAUCGACGGAUGCCAUGUAAACGUCACGCUCUGCGACAGGGCGCUGGUCCCGCCGCCCAUGAGCGCCGCCCGCGUCCAGUUUGCCCAUGCCAUCAACGAAGUCCUCGUACUGGCGGAUGGGUCCAUCGUGGCCCAGGACUUUCGAGGGAAUUGGAGUCGAAGCCAGCAACUCCACGCCCCGCCUCAAGCGAUUCCACUGACUCUCAAGGAUGGACGGAGCGUAGAUACCAUGGCCCUGCGCUACGUCCAAGUCGUGGACACGUCGACGAUUGCGGGUAUUUCAACGCUCUAUGCAUCGCAAGUGGUGACGAUGAACGUUGAGACGGGGACACUCGAGACAACAGACUACCACGAGGUCGUGUCCACGAUAUCCAACGACGGAUGUCACAUCCAAUUGAGCCAGUCCAAGGCCAUCUGGCCACAGGGGGUCGUACAAUUGUCCAAUGGCCACACUUUGUGGACGGAAUGGGAGGUCGUGCAGUGCUCGACGGUGGUCGUACAAUUGGCCCAAACCAAGUUGUUCGUCAACAACACGCUCCUGCACGCGUCCGUGGCGUCGUUCCACGUCAUUCCGACGUUGGGGUACCUGGCUUUAACGACAUUGGGCGCCAAGUCGGAGUUUCGACUGUACCCGUUGGACGCCCUGCGCCAAGGCACGUUCGUCCCCGAGCAUACUCGACCGAUGGAACGAGGCGCGACGGUCGUGACCAGUGCCCAUACAACCGUGGUACUGCAAAUGGAGCGCGGGAAUGUCGAAGCCAUCGCGCCGCGGCCGUUGCUGUUGGCGUUGCUGCAAUCUAAACUCGUUGCUCACGAAUUUGCGUCAGCGUUGGAACUGUGUCGAAAGCAUCGCAUCGACAUGAAUGUCCUUGUAGACUUCGACCCAACCUCGUUCUUGUCCCACCUGCCCCAGUGGAUCCAAGCAAUUCCAAAGCGGGUUCGCAUCGACCGGCUAUGUCUUUUCAUUACGACUGUCCACCCCACAGAUGUCUGCGCGACGAAAUUCCCCUCUCUGGCAGGGCUAAACCUACUGACUGAAACAUGGGAUAAAGUUACGCGAGUAUGCCGAGCGAUUCGGUCGACCUUGGUUGAGUUGGACCCAGACUUUUACUUGCUGCCGUUGCUCACGUGUGAUGCGAAAUUGCUCGAGCUCGACACGGCGUUGCUCCGAUUGCAAUCGCUGCACGGGCAAAACCCCACGGGGGCGCAACACGGGUUGAAACACUUGACGUUUCUUGUGGACGUGGACCAAUUGUACGAUGUCGCGUUGGGAUUGUACGAUCUCCCACUGACUCUACUCGUGGCCAAGCAUACCCAGCGCGACCCAAAAGAGUACACUUCUCAACUCUCGGCGUUUCAAGCCUUGGAAGCCUCCCAUUCGUCGUCAUAUUUGCGAUAUGCUAUCGACAUGUCGUUACAUAGAUACGAGCUCGCGUUACGGCACCUACAUGCCGCCGGCCCUUCGUACCACUCCGAGUGCGUCGAGCUCGUGAAAAGCCACCACUUGUACGACGUCGGCCUCACGCUGUUUCCGUCGGCUUCGUUGUUGCGUACGCCGAUAGUCUCGGCCUAUGGCCGCCAUCUGACAGCGCAAGCCAAAUACACCCAGGCGGGGUAUACGUUUCUGUCCAUCCGUGCCUUUGAAGACGCCAUCGAAGCGUUCAAGCGAGCUCAGGAGUGGCACAUGGCGCUGGCACUUGUGCCACAAGUGCCCUCGUUCAAUAUGGCAUCCGUUGCUUACGCACUUGCUGAGGAAUUGGUCAACCGGAACGAACUCAAGGACGCGGCGCGCAUCUACAUUGAGUACUGCCAAGAUGUGGACGAAGGGAUUGCAACGUUGCUGUUGGGGCGAUAUUAUGCCGAUGCGUUGCACAUGGCGUUGCUCCACAACAGAUCGGAUUUGGUCGAAACCGACGUCCACCCUGCGGUGGAGCAAGCUGCGGUGGACGUGGAAGAAGAAUAUGAAGCCAAAUUAGAGUCCUUCCAAACGCAUUGGACGCGAUUAACCACCUUGCGCGACCAAAUUCGGCUCUUUCGACUGCAUGGGAUUGAUGGCAAGGCCGCCGCCGACGACGACGACGGCGCCAAGGACUCGGCGUCGAGUGCUGCUGCGAGUGCGCUCAGUCAGAGCAGCAGCGUGAGCAGCGUCGGAAGUCACAACAGCAACCGCGAUAUCAAGUUUGGGAGUUUGUCUGUGACGUCGUUGGCCAUCACGAGCUCGUACAAUCAUGGCCGUGCUAGUACUACUAGUAGUACUAGUCCGUCGUCGACGAUGAAGAAGAAGAUGCCGCGGCGGUUUCGUCGGUGCAAGAUCCAGCAAGGCAGUGCAGAAGAAGACGCUUACGUGCUCCAGAGUCUGGUGGCCGCCGUCCCGUCCGCCGACGACCUCGGCCACGUCCGUCGCGUCAUGCAAGUGCUGCUGUACUUUGGACAUGUGCAACAAGUCACGUCAAUUCAGCGUACGAUCCAGCGAUGCUUGACGCACAUGGCAGCCCACCCGUUGCCCCCGCCCGUCCACGGCGACGCGGUUCCGUUCGAUGUGCCGCCUGUGGACGAGUCGUGGCUCGUGCUGCCGUUGUCCAUGUAACGUUAGCAGUAAAAUCGUAUAUAGCCAGCAGCCAUACACAAUCAAAAUAGAUCUAAACGACACACAGAUAUUCUUUCGU